AUGUUUUUUCUAUCUGCCAUCCUCCUAAUACACUCUGUAUUUAUUGUUGUUGUUUCAAGUGCCGAUAAAGUGUACGAUCUGGAUGUGCCGGGCUCCGAUCCCAUAAGAAUUUUCGAGGGCGAGUCUUUGUGGCCCGUGUCUGAGCCAGAGCAUUAUGAACGUCAUUACGAACCUUCGAAUUUCGAACACAGGGCGUUUCACACUCAUACUCAGUCAAACGACGAAAAUAAUGAAUUUGCACCCGUCGCUUUGCAACAAUUUUUAAGCAACUAUGCGAAGGAUAAAGGAAAAAAACCCAUUCAAAACGAAAAUGAUGCACAUUUUGAAAGUGUGGAUUUAAUUACCAAAGCACCCGAUGAAAUCUUUAAAGAAGAAAAAUCAAAAUCGAAUUGGAAUUCAAAACAAUAUAACAACCCCAAAAAUAAUAAUAAUUAUAAAAAUCCACUGGACGAUAAAAAAGGAUGGGUGUCGUUGGAACCAGUUCCUUGGUCCAUUUCCAAAAUAUCAAAAUGGCAUCCGAAUACAGCGGCAGCUAAACCCACCCCAAGUCAGAGGCCUUGGAAUGAUUACUCGUCAUCUUUACCUUACGAACGGCCAUGGGAGAGCGCUUUAAAUCGACCCAACGGCCAAGGAUACAACAUCAAGCCUCAGAUGGAAAACCACGAAUAUUACGACGAUAACAUUCAGAGACCCCCUAAUAACCAAUAUAGUCAACAAUUUGAAAACUACCGACCCAACCAAGCUUAUAAUAAUAAUAAACCUACUGCUAUUUUUAAUCAAAAAGUGCAAGUAAGACCCAGUUAUAGCGAAAGUAGUUACAAAACGCCGUUAAAAAUCAGCGGCUAUUAUAAAGACGAAGAAGAGACGAAGACGAAUUGCAAGGACGAGAAACACUUUGAGAGCGGCAUCAUCACCGACGGUCAACUGCCCGAUUUCCCUACGGAAUAUCGCGAUGCUAUGCGUCGAAGAGGCAGCGAAAUUCACCCGGAUACGCACCCGACGAACGGCGACGGCGAAUGGGUGCUGCUAAGCACUACGAAAGGUUACAAACGUCCGAAAAACAGGCAAAGAUCGCUGGACAUCAAACCGCAGGCUCUCGGCGUGCAAAAGUCCGUUCACUUGACGGUUUUGCCGCCUUUAAAAAACUCCAAAGUUAACAUGACCACUUCACAUGGUGGUAUGCUGCAGGUCGAGUCUACCUUCGAAACUGUAGAACAGUCGCAGAAAAAGUUUGCGAAAAAACAGAAAUUGAAGAAGAGGCGAAACAGGAGGCCACAAAAGACGGGCCAGAAACAGUCAUUAAAGUUACAACAGCAGCCGCAGAAAAUAUCGUUGCCGACAGUGGCCAGAAGAAAUACCGGUCCAGAUUCGUCUGCAGUGUUGGCAGCAGUGGGGGCGGGAAUGAUUCCUGCGACCAUGGCGAUGCUGGUGCCGAUGGCUAUGAGCGGCAGGAAAAAACGGGAUCUCAAUUUUGUUACAACUGACCCUUAUUCCACCAUUGAAAUAACUUUGCCAAGAUAUAUUUAG